AUGGUCGUUCUCACCAGGCAGAGAUGGUUCGGGGGGGACUUCCGCCUGAACGUUGCGGGUGAGGUGAUCUGCGCGAGUCCAGUGGUGCGCUACCUAGGAGUGUGGAUCGAUUCACGGCUCAUCUUCUGGAAGCACAUCAGGAGAACAGCCGACAAAGCCACUAGGGUUUCCCGGGCGCUUUCACGGUUAAUGCCGAACGUUGGGAGUCCGCGAGAAACCAAAAGACGGCUUCUUGCGUUGGUCUCUAACUCGAUCCUGCUGUACGGCGCGAAGGUGUGGGUGGACGAGCUUGCAAGAAGGGAUAUCUGGGAGCGCCUCAACUUGGUGCAGCGCAUCGGAUCGCUAAAAAUUGCGUGCGCCUACCGCACAGUAUCCUUCGCUGCCGCUAUGGUGAUAGCACGAACAAUUCCCGUUGUGUUGCUUGCGCUGAAGCGGCGAAGGAAGUUUCUAAGCUCCAGCGACGAAAGCGAUAGCAACAUGUAG